GAGCUGCCGUGAUGUCUCGUGUACGACUUUGUUAGCAGUUUGAUGAAUCGAAAUGUAGCGCUAAGUUUAACUUAAGCAUGGAACGCGUUAUUUACACCAAAUAAAACCUUACAUUAUUGUAAGCAGAAGUUUUUCUGUGCUUUUGCUGGAGCUCGUCUCGCUGAGUUGCAUAAAUGCUGAUGUGCUCCUGCACCCACAGCGAGAAAAUUCACUGAGCUCGCCUGGCCGAAGUUAUCGUUAAACCGGUUUGAAGUGUUUCUAUUAUGCUACAAUGGAGAUUUAUCUGUGGGUGAUACUCGUUCUUCUACACUUCGCUAAAAGAGUUCAAGGGUUAAAGUUUACCAAGAACCCAGCCAACCUCACGGUAACUCAAGGUAACACAGCCCGUCUAGGCUGUGCUCUUGAGGGCUUAAACGAGCCAGAGAUUGUGUGGAUGAAGGAUGGAGUAAAACUGUACAGCAUGGACCAGAUGUACAUCACUAUAGACACACAUCACUGGGAGACAUAUUACAGUAUGAAAUCAGUCCAGCAGCAGAAUGCUGGGAAAUACUGGUGUGAGGUUGAACAUCAUGGCAGCAUCAUCUCCUCUGAGCCAGCCUGGAUCACAGUGGAAGGUGUACCCCACUUUACAUUGGAACCCCAGGAUAUAGCCACAUUUCCUGGUGCUCCUUUUAACCUGACGUGUAAAGCUGUUGGGCCUCCUGAACCAGUGCUGGUGCUCUGGUGGCUGGGGGGAGUACAAGAAGGAGAUUUCAGGCCCUCCCCGUCUGUGCUCUUGGUAGAAGGUGUGAAUGACAGCAUAAAAUUUUACUGUGAAGCCAAGAAUGCUAAAGGUGUUUCUGUGUCUCGGACUGGCACUGUGUAUAUUAAAGGACCUCCUGACUCUCCUACGAAUAUACAGAUUCACCAGGUGUCUGAGAAUGUGACCCUCAUGUGGAGCCCAGGGUUCACCGGCUAUUCUAACUUGUCCACCUGCACCAUUCAGAUGUCUAAGAGCUCUGGGAGAAAGGUAAAACUUCCUGACCAGCAAGUUACAGUGCCACCCUUCCAGCAUACGGUUGGUGGACUCAACAGUCACUCCAAUUAUAGCUUCAGAAUCUGCUGUGGUAAUGAGGUUGGGUCCUCCCCUUUUUCUCCUUGGAUGGACUUUCAGACUCCAGAAUCAGUGCCCUCAGCAGCACCCAAGAAUCUAACCUUUCACUUGACGGAGCAGCAGCUCACCCUGACCUGGGCAGCACUCGAAGAAGAAGAGCUGAAUGGACGAUUACUGGCCUAUAAGGUGCAAUGGAACGUGGGUGGAGAGAAUCAGGAGCCAUUACUGUUUAAGGAAAACUUUGCCCAUGUCUCUGGAAGAGCCCGUUUCUUCAAUGCCACUUUUCAAGUGGCUGCUUGUACAGUGGUAGGAUGUGGGCCCUUGAGCCUGCCAGUGCUCAUUAUGCCAGCUUCAGCUGUGCAGGCUCAGUCUUCAAGGGGGCACAUGUGGGUGGGUCUGCUCUUUGGAUUACUGGUGGUCACCGUUCUGGGACUUCUGCUAAUAGUCCUGGUGCACCGCAGAAGCAAAGAAUCUCAGUUUGGCAGAUCUGCAUUCAAGUCAUCAGGGAUGGAAUCUGUGGUGUCCUUCACUGCAGUAAGAUCCUUUAGCAGACAGGGCUUGGAGCUCCCAGAACACAUGUUGGACAGUCUGGGCAUCAAUGAUGACUUGAAGACCAAGCUGCGGGAUGUUCUCAUCCCAGAAAGGCUUCUCACUUUAGGGCACAUGCUAGGAAAAGGGGAGUUUGGUUCAGUGCGAGAGGCCUUUCUCAAGAUGGAGGACAACUCCGUGCAGAAGGUGGCAGUGAAAGUACUGAAAACUGAUAUCAGCACUUCAAGUGAUAUCGAGCAGUGCCUUAAAGAGGCUGCCAACAUGAAGGAUUUUCAUCAUCCCAAUGUCAUCCAGCUCAUAGGUGUGAGCCUGCAUAGACGACCCCAGCAGCGGUUACCUAUUCCUAUGGUGAUCCUUCCCUUUAUGAAACAUGGUGACCUGCAUACGUUCCUCCUUAUGUCCCGUCUGGGGGACGAACCCUUUACCCUGUCCUUAAAAACUCUUGUUCAGUUUAUGCUGGAUGUUGCUCGGGGAAUGGAAUAUCUUGGCAGCAAAAACAUCAUCCACAGGGAUUUAGCUGCUCGCAACUGCAUGUUGAAUGAGAACAUGACUGUAUGCGUAGCAGACUUUGGGCUUUCCAAGAAGAUCUACAGUGGUGAUUAUUACAGACAAGGGUCUGUCUCAAAGUUACCAGUGAAGUGGAUUGCACUGGAAAGUUUGGCCGACAACGUUUAUACAACGCAAAGUGAUGUGUGGGCUUUUGGGGUGACCAUGUGGGAGAUUAUGGCUCGAGGGCAGACUCCUUAUCCUGGGGUGGAGAACUCAGAAGUCUAUGAGUACCUCAUCAAGGGUGAAAGGCUGAAACAGCCAUCCGACUGUCCUGAUGACAUCUACGAGAUCAUGCACAGCUGCUGGUCUCCUGUCCCUAAGUGCCGUCCCAGUUUCCAACAACUGAUAGCUCAGUUAGAGGGUCUCUGGACUAAACUUUCUCCAGCAGCCACAAAAGAGCCACUGCUUUAUGUGAACCUGGAAGAUGGUGAUGGGGAACCGGAUUCCGGGCUUGGGGCUACUGCCGAUGUGCUGAGCACUUACGAGUCGCAGUGGGGUGUGCCUUGGCAAUGUGCAGAUAUGGGGGACGAUGAAAAAGACUGGCUUGUGGUGUCCUCUGGGGCUGCGCUGGCUAUCGGCGGUGACUGUCGCUACAUUAUUGGCCCAUGUGGGUCGACAGAGAGGGAGAGUAGACAGUCUGAGGAUGGGCCCUCUGAGGAUAUCAAAGAUGAUGAAGAGGAUAUUAUCAUAAAUGUGUGAUUUUUUUUUUUUUUUUUUUUAAUUUUUAUUAUAUCCAACUUUGCCUGACUGAAUUAAUGACCGACUACUGUACACAAACAGAUGGCAUUGUGAAGAGCAGUUAAAGGAUGAUGUAUCAGCAAGUCCUGAUAGACUGGAGGAGUAUGUGAGGUCUAUGAUAUAAAGAACAUAACACACUAUUUUGUGGGCCAACAUAGACAUAUACAAUCAGCUAAUGAAGUACCAUGAAUAGGCAUAGUUUUCAAAGGUAGUAGAUAUUAAUAAAUGUUUAUAAGCAAAAUCGAGUUUUCACAUUGAACAGCGCUAAAAAUAAAAUUUUAUAACUGUAAAAGUGGGUUUAUUAACUUUGUACCAUGGGCACUGAUUUACUGUAUUGUAAUGUUUCUCAUUAAGGCUGAUGAUAUUACUCUGUCAGAAAUCUCUUGCUUUUACUUUGUCAUGAAAUAUAAUAGUUUUUAUCCGUUUACAGUGCCAGUAUUGCAGAGUUUGUACAUCUACACAGGAUUGAUGAUUUGGUAGAUUGCACAAAUGGUGCAUGUUAUAAGUGUCUUAUGAAUGUUCACAUUACAGCAUUCGGUAUUAAGGGAUGUGAAGUGCUGAGAUGUCCGUUAUAGUUUUAGGUUAUUUUACUGUUAAAUGUGUUGGUUCAAAUGUAUGCUUUAUUAGCUCAGAAUAACUUGAAAUUGUACAUUUAACAUUUUCCUUUACUUCAUUAGUGUAUAAGAACUAAAAUUUGUGUUUCUGUUUGCAUGUUUUAAACUUCUUUUAAAGUAUUUAACAUUCCUUGUUAAAUAAUGAAAUAGAUGUGACCAUGUUAGGCAGUACUUAAUGCAAUAAGUAAGUAGCAUCAUGCUGUCUAAGUUGGUGGUAUAUUUUUUAUUUUAAUGAGUGAACAGAAAAUGAUGAGACUUAUUUUGAUUAUGGUUGUAUACAGAUCAAGCUUAGUACAUGUAAAAAUGUAAGUGAUGUACAGGCAACAAAUAUCAGACAGCAUUCAAUAAGCAAUGGGCUGUGGUAUAUACAGUCUGAACACUUCACACAGCUUUUAGCUGACACUUGAACUAUAUUGAACUUUCAGGUUCUUUUUGUUUAAAAGUAUUUAACUGGAAAGUUAACAGUGUUACAAUGGAGCUGAUAUUGCACUAUACUCAGCUGAAGUGGACCGUGUUUCUGUUCAACACAG